UCCCCAAGUUUUUAUGGUGACAUUUUUUAAAUUUUGAAACCCUGCUUAUUAUGAUUCAGCUACCCUCUAAUUAUUAGUUUUUACUUGCUCUCAACACAAAAACUUCAUCUCAUAAUUAAAGAAAAUUUUCAUUGUAAACCGCCUUUUAAAAUUAGAAAUAUAAACUCACUAUAAAAACAAAAGUUUUUUAGGAUAAACAGGCUUUAAAAAUUGUUGACCUAUAAAAAAGAGUCUUAUAAAACUCGAUUUAUUCAUGAAUUUUUGGAUAUUUUACAAAGUACAUAACAUUGCUCACCAUAGUAUGAAACUUAUUUAAGCAUAUUGAAUACUAUUAAAGUUAUGAUAAACAUAAAGCAUUGUGUUAGAUCAUAAAUAAAGUGGAGCAUUGCAGUGAUGUAAUAAUGAUGCAAUCAGGAAUGCUUUUGAGGAUGUGGUUUGUAUAUGGAUCAUGUUUAUAUUUUGUUUUUAAAGUUGAUAAUAAAAUCUGUCCUUUAUUUCCUUCUGGGAAAUCUUGUUUCUUUGUUGGGAAAAUUUAUCCUCCCUUUGUUUAUUAGAAAUCAAGAAGCCCCUUUUUACAAGAUACUCACACAUUUCAUUUGAAGACAAAAUCUAUCAAUACCAUCCCCCAUAUAUUAGAUUUAUAAAAAAAUACUAUUUUAUUAAGUCCUGGUUAAGCUACUUAUAAUUCAUGUUUAAAAAAAAAUUGUAAAAAUAUUAUAAAAGUUCUAAAAUAUCAAAUAAAUUUUCAAAUUUUAUGAAAUAAACCUGUUAUUUAGUCUUAAAUUUCAAACUAAUUCCAAAUGUCGAAUUUACAAUAUAAAAAAUGAAGUUACACUAAUUUUAGCAUCUAAUGGCCACUUUUUGGCAACAUGCGCACUGUAGAUUGCUACCUUAGCUCUACCUAAUCUUACUUCACUCAAUAACAAAAUGAGAAUAAAUUUUAUGUUGUAUUUUUGAAGCUUUUUUUUACUGAAGAAAAUGUCAUUAAAGUAUUUGGCACUUAUUUCAUCAAUACGUGAAAGUCGUUUAGCAGAUCGUAUGUUAUCUCUUUUGCAAACAAAGUUUGAUGCUGUUUUAGCUCCAAGAGGACACAGUCUUCAAGUAUUAGAUCCAAGGGUAUACGAUUUACCAUUACUGAAAAAGCCACUUCAUUUCUAUGGGAACAAAGAGCAACAUAUUAUUCCAGAAAAUUUGAUUAGGUUAAAUGAGCUAGUUAAAGCUGCUGAUGUUUAUGUUGUUCUGUUGACUGAGUAUAACAGAUGUGCACCUCCUGCAUUAUACAACACUCUGGAUCAUUUGCCGCCAGCUAGUUUUGCAUACAAGUCGAGUGGAAUCUUUGGAUAUUCUAUGGGACCAUCAGGUGCUUCAUUUGCUACAGCAUCUGUGCGACCUUUGUUAACUGAAAUGGGUUGUUUACCUGUCAAACAUAGUGUUCAAGUUCCAUUAGCACACACAGUUGUUAAUGAUGAUGGUAGUUGUACCAAUCCUCUUGUACUAAAAAGUAUUGAUGAAUUAUUUGCGCAAACUGAAUGGUGGGGAAAACAGGCUAAAGAAGGAAGAGCAAAAGGGUUACCAUCUUUUUAAAAUAUUACAAAAUAUAAAAAUGUUAUAAAAUAUAAAGUAUUUUUAUACAAAAGGUUUUUUCAAAGUAUAGUUUUAUUUAUCUUAAGUUGUUAUUGCACAUGUUAGUUAUUGUUACUUAGUAACUUGAUAAAAAAUAUUAAAAAAGUA